AUGGAAUUGGCAAAGAACGAAAGCUAUAUAGUAGAAGAAAACAUUCAUUCAAAUGAGAAAAUCAACAAGAUAGCAGGUACAGGAACAAAACCACCCCAUUUUUCUCCUACUUGGAACAAAAAGUUAAAGUCUCCAUUUGAACGCCUCAAAGGUAAAUGCUAUCGUUGUGGAUCACCUAGACACAGGGCACAUCAGUGUAAAUUUAUCGGAGAAAUAUGUAAGAAAUGCAACAAACAAGGGCAUAUUGCUAGCGUAUGUUUAGGCACAAAACAAACAGAAAUUCAUUGUACCGAAACUGACAAUACUAUAGACUAUUAUAAGGAAGAGAAACAAGAGGUUUUUAAGAUACACAACCAGAGUGCCGGUAAUGACAAGUUUAUGGUCGAGAUACUUAUUGAAGGUAAACCUGUGCGGAUGGAGUUAGAUACUGGAGCAGCAAUAAGUAUUCUACCAUACUCUACCUUCAAAAGUCUCAACAUAAAUAAAAAGAUUUUCCACACAAACAUUGAACUAAGGACAUACUCAAGCGAAAUAAUCAAACCCCGGGGUGUCGUCUUUGUAGAAUGCACUUACAAUGAUCAGGUGUUUGUUGGGAAACUCUACAUAGUGAACCAAAAUUUCGAUGCAAUUUUCGGAAGAGAAUGGAUUAGAGAGGUCAAACUGGAUUGGGCAGAACUUAAAACAGUUAGUAACAAUACUACAUCUACUGCACUCGAAGAUCUUUUGGAUGAAUUCAAGGAAUUAUUUGAACCAGGAGUAGGACUCAUACCUCACAAAAAAGCACACUUACAGCUUGUUGAAGGGGCAAGACCUAUUUUUGUGAAGGCUCGUCCAGUCCCAUAUGCAUUAACUGAAAAAGUAGAAAUCGAGUUGAAUCGUCUGGAAGAAGCUGGAAUCAUUUCCAAAACAGACAAGUCCGAUUGGGGUACUCCAAUUGUACCUGUAGUAAAGCCUAAUGGUAACAUACGAAUAUGUGCUGAUUACAAGGUUACAGUAAAUAAACAAAUCAAAGAAGAACAUCAUCCAAUACCUCGGAUCGAAGACAUUUUUGCUCAAAUGAAUGGAGGACAGUUGUUCUGUACUUUGGAUUUAAGUAACGCUUAUCUCCACUUGGAAAUGGAUGCUGAGAGUGCAGAAAUUCAAACUUUGAGCACUCAUAAAGGACAAUACAUAGUUAACAGACUGAUGUUUGGUGUAAAAGUUGCUCCAGGAGUUUGGCAAAAGGUGAUGGACGGAAUCCUUCAAGACCUUCAAGGUGUUCAGUGCUUCUUCGACGAUAUAAUAAUUCAAGGAACGUCAUCAAAAGAACUACUAGAAAGACUAAAGCAAGUGUUUGAGCGUUUAAGGAGUCAAAAUUUGAAGUUGAACCGUGACAAGUGCAAAUUUUUUCAAAAGAAAAUUGAAUACUUAGGACAUGUUAUUGACGCCACUGGAAUCCACAAAAGUAAGGAUAAAAUCACAGCAAUUACAAAUGCACGAAGGCCUCAAAAGUCAAAACAUACAGGAACUCCGAUCAUUCCUAGGGCUUGUUAA